GCCCUGCCCCACUCCUGUGUUUCAGAGCCAACCCAUCAUUGGUUCUGAGGUUGAUGGACAGGCUGACCAUCAGGCCUGGGCCAAUUGCACAGGAUAGUUACCUGAUGAUAGUCAUCACCUCUGUGAUGACAUAUUUUGUUGUAUUUAAGAAGGAAUUCAAAACAAGAUAGAUGCGGCCGCCAUGUUAGCUUAAGUUGAGAGCAUGUAGUUUUAGUAUCUUGUACUGGAAAAAAAAACAGAGCAGGAGGGUGAGGAGAUGUAAGAAGGAAAAUGGAGACCUAAGAUCAGAACAGUAAGGAGAAGCUGUGCCUUUGCUGUGGUUCUCGACAAGCUGGAGGAGAUAAGUUGUUCUUGAAAAGGACUAUUUCCAUCAUAUUGAGAGAGACCUGUAUAGAGAAGUAAAGCGACCUUGCUGUGAGGAAAAAAAACCCUGGCCUUUUGAGGACYGGACUGUUUUGAUUAUGAAGCCAAGAAAUAGAGAAGAGGUUUGCUCCCCCCACAACGUUUUGAUGUAGAAGAAGCUGUGUUUUGUGUUCUGCCAGGAGGUUUGUGAUAAUCGGACUCACGUCACUGCAAAAAACAACAUGAGCCUUGAAGGACAUUUCUUUUCUUUUCUCCUGCGAGUAUUGCCAGAUGAGAGAGAAUUUCAGUAUGCYGCUAAAAGGAACAAUCUGGAUAUCAUGGAAAAGCUGUUUAAAAAGAAUGUUAAUAUAAAUGCUGUAGAUACUCUGAAGCGCACUGCAUUCCAUUUUGCUGUUGCGGGAGGCCAUUUGUCUGUGGURGAUUUUCUUCUUCAUCACAAAGCUAGACUUGACAUGGCAGAUCAGCAUGGCCUGACAGUGAUUCAUCUCGCAGCUUGGACUGGAAAUCUGGAUAUAAUGCGAAARUUAGUUAAAGCAGGUGCUGAUCAAAAGGCUAGGAAUGAGGAAGGAAUGAAUGUACUGCACUUUGCAGCUCAGAACAACAGCGUUAAAAUAGUUGAUUAUUUUCUCCAAGAUCUUCAUCUGAAUGACUUGAACAAACCUGAUGGGAAAGGUAAAAAGCCAUUUCUUCUGGCCUCUGAAAAAGGCCAUGUUGACAUGAUAAACAAUUUGAUUGCUCUGAAGCUAUUUACAUCUGAAAAGGAUAAGGAAGGAAACACAGCAUUGCAUUUGGCAGCCAAAAAUGGUCACAGUGAAGUUGUAGAAAUUCUGCUUGAACAGUGGGAGGAAAUAAAUGACCUCAAUCAGAAUGGAGAAACUCCAUUUUAUUUGGCUGUUAAAGGAGGUCAUGAAAAAUGUGCUGAACUCUUACUGGAGGCAGGGAGUGACAUCAAUGUUUUCACAAAGAACAAUAGCAAUGCUUUGCAGGUUGCAAUUCAGAAUGGGCAUCUAUCCUUGGUUACUUUUCUUAUUGAUAAGGAUAUUGACCUGGUUCCUAAACCCGAGCAGAAGAAUUCCCCUCUCCAUUUAGCAAUCAUCAGUAAUAAUCUACUGGUAGUGAAAAGCCUUUUGGAUGCCAAUCAUGACAUAAACUCCUUAAAUCACAGGCAGGAAACUCCUCUACAUCUGGCAGCUGAUCUUGGCAAUGUGGACUUGGUAGAUGUGCUGCUGAAGUCAGGCUGYGAUCUCAAGACUGUGGAUAAGCAUGGAAAAACUGCACUAGCCGUGGCAUCAAGGAGCCAUCAUGCUCUCAUUGUAGAUAUGAUCAUUAAAGCAGAAAGGUAUUAUGCCAUGAAACAGCUAGCUCAGAGUGCUCGUGGGCCAGACUUCAGUGUGUCCUUCAAACAAGAUCACAGUAUAGAGACCAAGCAAAUCCGUUCCUCCCUUUGGAAUCUAGCAUAUAACCAGUUAAAACCCCGUGAAUGGAAAAAAAUGGCCAUGUUCUGGAAGUUCACGGAUGAACAAAUUAAGGCUAUCGAAGAACAGUGGACAGGGAAAAAAAGUUACAAAGAGCAUGGAAACAGAAUGUUGCUCAUCUGGUUACAUGGUAUGUUGGUGGCUCAUCAGAAUCCUGUCAAACACAUAUAUGAAGAUCUGGUGGAAGCAGGAUUUCAGCCCUURGCUGAGAAGAUCAGAGCUUCAAUUAGCAUUGGCAUGGACUCCAGGAAAUGUGCAAUUUCAUGAGUUCAUCAAUAAAACAUGGUCUAUAUGAUAGAAUUACAUGCCAGAUGGAAAGUGGCUUUCAAAUACCUUUUUGGGAAACAAAAACCUUUUUUGAAGUUUUAAAGCUUUUUCCAGCCUAGAAGAACUUGCACUUCUGAAAUUAUUAAUUCUUUCUCAAAUGCUUGCAGCAUUUUAAUGCAGCAAUUUAAAGAAAUUAAGAGUGAAUGGUUGACUUGUAGUUUAUGAUUAUACUGCUAAGCAAGACUCACCACUUMCAAUUUUCUGACCUAACAUUGAUAAAAUAAUUCUGUAUUGGAACUGCAAAUUAAACUAUUUUAUGUUUGUCAUGAAAUGUAAAUAAAAUGUUUUCUACAUGAAAUUAAAUUUAGUAAGUGAAAAUUACRUGUAUAAAUUGAUUAACACUUCCAGAAAUAGGUUGGCACCUGGUCUCAUUUGGGAUUCAGAUUUUUAUAAUUUUUUUCCAGGAUUAUGAAAAAUCUUUCUUCUGCAGCAUUUGAUCUAUGUAGUGAAGAUAAAUGUCAUGUGUAAAACCAUAURUGGCUGCCUGGAGGGUCUUUUAUCAUGGCAUAACACUCCAAAAAGAAUAUUUGAUAUUAAUACUUAACACAUCUAGAAAUUAUUUACCUAUUUCUUGCUCAUAUUUUGAAUUAAUACUUGGUAGUGUCCUGCUGAAUAUGUUUAAAGGUUUUCUUAUUACUGAAUAUAUGUAAUAUYGGAAAAAUUAUGUAAAUGUCUAUAUUUGUGAUCUUUAUAACAUAGCAAUAGUUUWAUCAUGUAAUGGAAGAAUUGCCUUUUCUGUUUGCACAUAGCUAGCAUUAUUUUGCACUGAAUACUACCGUUUACGCUAGAAAGGUGAUCUGUCAUCUUAGUCUGAUYUCUUACUCCAAACUGCCUUCUUUGAUGCAGUGCAGAGCAUCCCGGGAGCAUAAAGAAUAGGCUGGUAAAUCCUAAUGUUUUGGAAGAAGGGAUCUAAAGCAYAAAUGCUUGGAACCCAACAAUAUUGAUCGAGUUCUGCAACAUUAGCUUGGAAAAUUAAAAUAUUUAAGACUUUGAUUGACUUGGUAUCUUAUGUGGCCCAAUCUGGACCCUGAGUGUGAAGGAUACACCAUGCUGUUUUUCAUUAAAGUACACUGUUGUAGGAUAUACUAAAGGUGCAUGUCAACUACACUUACUUGCAUAAGGAACUAAAAGUACUUGUAAGAAAAAUAAACUUCAUUUUCUCUUGAA